CAUGUCGGCCUCGACCGAGUCGAGUGCGGCUCUGCAUUCGCCGCACGCGGGAGAUGCGCCCAGCGUCGAGGCGCUGUUUCUGAUCAAGUUCGACAACAAGGUCGGGUAUACGGUCUCGUGGAAACGCACCGCAUCCGCCGACAUUACGCUCGAGAACGCCGUCGAGUACAAGUCGCUGCCGUCGGGCCUGCACACGGUGCAGAAGGACCUGGUCUACUUCACCCACCAAGGCUAUGCUGGGCUCAGCGCGUUUGCAAAGGGCGACGCAGGCGCAGAGGACCGCAACGCCCAUUUCAUCUCGGUGGGCAUACUGGUGAAGAAGGAGGGCGAAUUCGGGCGCUUGGGGAGGGCAUGGCUGCUUGCGGGUCGCUUGGAGACGCUGGCGGCGACGCUGGCCGACAACGCAGAGUCGGUAGCACCGCUGGACGAGUUCUGGCGCGAGCAGAUGGACCAGCACCAGCGUGGCCAUGGCGAGGCUUCCGAAGGCGCGCCCAAGGGACACAGCCGGGCGCGCGCCAUCUCGACUGUGAGCGCGGUGCCCAAAGACGAGGACAGCCUGCCCGAGUACCACCCAGCCCUGUCCAUCCAGCGGUUCCUCGAUGUAUUUGGCCCGUUGGUGUUUCGCCUGCAGCAGGCCGCGCUGCUGCGAAAGCGCAUCCUCUUCGUCGGCAUCCCGCCAGUCCGGACUGCGUGUGAGUUUGUGUACCACCUCUCUGUCCUGUCGAGUAUAUCAGUGCGCGAUGCCGAGCAUCUUGUACCCGGCACCGAAGAGCUGCUGCGUCUGCCCUGCCUCUUCUCUGUCGGCGUGCACGACAUAGCCGACCUCGAGCCUGUCCAAACACCACGGCAUGGCGGACACGGGCCAGGUGCCGGGUCACCAGUAGGCUGGGUUGCGUGCACUACCGACGAGAUCAUGGCUACAAAGACCAGGCUUUACGACAUCAUAGUCGAGCUGCCCCACACAUACGACGCGCCGCCGCAAGAGCGGCGCUGGCCACGGAUACGGACGAGCGACGGCAGCUUGAUCAAGGCUAGCCAGCGGGACGUUGAGCGGUACAGGAUUCUACACAAAGAGCUGUACAAGCAGCGGAACCGGCCCCAGACAGCAUCCGAGGCAUACACGGACGACGAGCACGGCGAUGCGGCGCCGCUAUUGUCACGCGACCAAGUCGACACCAAGCGCGCAGACGACGAGUUCAACCAAGUAUACGACGACAGCGUGGUGGAGCCCAUGACGUGGUCACGGCUCGCAUACAUGGGCUACAUGUGGUGGGCUUCUGCAGGCGAGAAAGAUGCAUACGCGACGGCAGAGCGGGAGACGGACCGCGAGCUCAUUGGCGGCCUGGCCGAGUACUCGCAGUCACUGGAAACAGCCAUCAUUGCAUACUUUCACCGGCAGUCGUCGUUGCUCAUACAGUCGCUGUCGCACAUGAUGACCGACGCCGACGAGCAGGGCGAGCACGACGACGACGACGACGAGGAUGGAGAGGGAUUGAGUAUCGACAAAGACGACCUGUCGAGGAUGGGACUGGACACAUGGUCAGAAGCCGACCGGGCGUUUGUGCAGGAGUUUGGCAGCCUCUACUUUGGGCGGGCCGUGGGUGUCAAGGGCAGCGAGAUUGACUGUUGCGGGUUAAGGGUGCCCGUCUUCUAGACAGAGCCGAUCAAUGGCUGGGAGCGUGCAGUCAGCCACGGACCGGCAGGCACCGGCUGCGCGGGGGGGGGGGAUUGACAUGGUGUACAUACAGUUGAUUCAGCGGUAGAUGCAGGCGUUUUUUUUUGGUCGCGGGUAAUUUGUUUUUUUCUUUUAUGGUCGAAUGCGAGAUGGCGUUCC